AUGAUCAUUGACGGAGAGAAAUGGGCUUGCGAGGCUUGCGUACGCGGUCACCGCGUCAGCAACUGCCAACAUUCGGAACGACCGCUCCAGCACAUCAACAAGAAGGGACGUCCAGUCUCGCAAUGUUCGCACUGCAGAGCCAUGCGCAAGUCGCGCUCGUCGCACAUCAAGUGCGACUGCGGUGAGAAGACGAGCAAGUGCACCCACCUGCAGCCGACGGUCGACGGCCACACCGAGACGUGCUGCUGCAACCACGGCGGACGGUGCUCCUGCUCGGCCAAGAAGGACGGCAGCGGCAGCACCGCCUCCUCGGCCUCCUCCGUCACGGGCACCGCAGGUCAGCAGCAGCCGACGCUCGACACCGUCCCGGAAUCCGACUCGGACGGCGAGCUGCCCAGGAUGGCCAUGAGCCGACCCAAGCUGGCGGCCCGCCGCCGCCGCGCCAACACGGUCCACUCCGACGGCCCCCUCAGCCUCGAGCACGGCGGACACCACUCCAAGUCCGGCAGCGGCAGCAAACACGGCCGCUCCUCGCAAAAGGUCGGCCCGUACCAGCUCAACCGCGUCAACUCGGCCAACAGCGCCAGCAGCCUGGGCGCCGGCUCCGACACCAUGGCGGAGCUCCGAGGAAGUCAGCAGCGUCGCGUCAAGUCCGAGGCCACCUCCCCCCUCAUGACUGGCUUCCACAACAACGUCAACAGCAGCGGCAGCAGCAGCAGCAACAACAACAACAACAACAACAACAACGAUGGCAGCAACAGCGGCAGCGGCAGCGGCAGCGGCGGCAGCAGCAGCAGUGGCGCCGGCGGCGUACCCCCCCUGGACCUCUCCAGCAUCGACUACCCGUCGUCGUACAUGAACAGCAGCAACGGCAACGGCCGCAACAACGGUGGCAGCGGCGGGAGCUCCUUCGACCUGUUCGGCGCCGGCUUCUCCCCGGACACCGACGCCCCCCUCUACAGCGCCGGCCUGAGCAACGCGUCGGUCGACUGGAGCCACUACGACUUCCCCGGCGACAGCUUCGGCCCCUCGAGCUACAGCCAGACGGGCACCCAGAGCUUUGCCAACUUCACCGACUUUGGCAGCAACUCGGAGCAUCUGCCCCACCUGGUCAACACGACCUCGACGUCCGGCGACGUCUCCGAGGUGGAGGACGUCAUGUCCGGAGCGGACGACUUUGCCGGGAGCUUCAUGCGUCAGGGCAUGCUGGGCGGCGGCGGCGGCGGCGGCGGCGGCAACGCCCCCGCCGACCUGAGCAGCAUAGACUACGACAGCUUCUACAAGGGAGCCGCGGAUCACAACCCCAUUGCCGGCACGGGAAUGUCUCUGGUGGAGGACGACCCGGCUUUCUGGAUGCCGAAUUACAAUGACGGUAUCGUUGGUGAGAGUCCAGAUGGUAUGGAGCAGACUUCCCAGCCUGCCUCGUUUUGGGAGCUAUAG